AUGUUUUGUUCAAUCCGGUGUGUCCUAUUCUCUUCUCUUCUCUUCGACACCUUCCUACCCGGCGACACCUUCCUACCCGGCGACACCUUCCUACCCGGCGACACCUUCCUACCCGGCGACACCUUCCUACCCGGCGACACCUUCCUACCCGGCGACACCUUCCUACACGGCGACACCUUCCUACCCGGCGACACCUUCCUACACGGCGACACCUUCCUACCCGGCGACACCUUCCUACCCGGCGACACCUUCCUACCCGGCGACACCUUCCUACCCGGCGACACCUUCCUACACGGCGACACCUUCCUACACGGCGACACCUUCCUACCCGGCGACACCUUUCUACACGGCGACACCUUCCUACCCGGCGACACCUUCCUACCCGGCGACACCUUCCUACCCGGCGACACCUUCCUACACGGCGACACCUUCCUACACGGCGACACCUUCCUACCCGGCGACACCUUUCUACACGGCGACACCUUCCUACCCGGCGACACCUUUCUACACGGCGACACCUUCCUACCCGGCGACACCUUCCUACCCGGCGACACCUUCCUACCCGGCGACACCUUUCUACACGGCGACACCUUUCUACACGGCGACACCUUCCUACCCGGCGACACCUUUCUACACGGCGACACCUUCCUACCCGGCGACACCUUUCUACACGGCGACACCUUUCUACACGGCGACACCUUCCUACCCGGCGACACCUUUCUACACGGCGACACCUUCCUACCCGGCGACACCUUCCUACCCGGCGACACCUUCCUACCCGGCGACACCUUCCUAACCGGGGACACCUUCCUACCCGGCAACACCUUCCUACCCGACACCUUCCUACCCGGCGACCUUGACCAACUUCUGAAUACUUAA